GGAGAUCCGGUGAUCCCGGUGCUCUCGUUUCUCUCAAAGCUCAUGUCUCCCUGUUCAAAAAUCGGAUAAUUCAAAUCUAUUCCAUCUAUUCAUUAUUGAAUCAAGUGUGAAAAAGCGAAUUAAGAAAACAAUUAAAAAAACAACCAAGAUGUCUCAAACUCACACCCAGACAAUGAAAGCGGUCGUCUAUCAAGAACCCUUCAAAGUCACCAUCGAAGAGCGACCCUUCCCAAAACUCGAGCAUCCAGAUGAUGCCCUGAUCAAAGUAACCACUGCCGCCAUCUGCGGCAGUGAUUUGCACAUGUACCAGGGGCGUACUGCCGCUCAAGGGGGCUUAUGUUUCGGUCAUGAAAACAUGGGCAUCGUCCUCGAGACAGGCUCCGGCGUCUCCCUGCUCAAAAAAGGAGAUAGAGUCGUGAUGCCCUUCAACGUAGCCGAUGGCCGCUGCCGCAACUGCGAGGAAGGACGAACUGCCUUUUGUACUGGCGUUAAUCCCGGCUUCGCCGGAGGCGCUUACGGUUACGUAGCCAUGGGUCCCUACCAAGGCGGGCAAGCGCAGUAUCUCCGCGUCCCCUACGCAGACUUCAACUGCCUGCCCCUCCCCUCCGGCACAGAGCAUGAAGCAGACUUCAUCCUGCUCGCAGACAUCUUCCCCACGGGGUGGCACGGCGUGGUCCUUUCCGGAUUCAAACCCGGAGAGAGCAUUGCUGUGUUUGGUGCAGGACCGGUGGGACUCAUGGCGGCGUAUAGCGCGGUACUUCGGGGCGCGAGUAAGGUUUUUGUGGUGGAUAGUGUGCCUGAGAGGUUGAAGGCCGCGGAGAAGAUUGGCUGUGUGGCUGUUGACUUUAGCAAAGUAGACUCUGUGGAGGAAAUCAUUAAGUUGAAUGGGGACAUGGUUGAUCGAUCUGUUGACGCAGUAGGCUACCAAGCCUCAGCCCAAGAUGGCAAGAAAGAAAUGCCGUCUAUUGUGCUCGAGAACUGUAUUAAGGUCACUCGACCUACAGGCGGUAUCGGUGUUCCGGGUCUCUACGUCCCGUCUGACCCUGGGGCGCCGGAUGCGAACUCUGGGAAGGGGAUGCUUUUGAUUUCUUUUGGGAAGUUGUUUGAGAAGGGCUUGACAAUAGGCACAGGCCAAUGCAACGUCAAGCAAUACAACCGCUACCUGCGCGACAUGAUCAUCUCUGGUCGCGCCAAGCCUUCCUUCGUCGUCUCGCACGAGAUCAGCAUUGAGGAGGCCCCGCAGGCGUAUGUUAAGUUUGAUAGGAGGGAGGAUGGGUACACCAAAGUUUUGAUUCACCCUAAUGGGCCCCUUUCUUGAGCGGGAGGGCCACUUGGAUGAGAGGGGGAGAUGAGAAGGAGAUGGAAGAGGACGGGGAAAACAUAGGAAAGGAAGGGGCUUCCAAAAUUGUAACUUCAUUUUGGUCUUGUGCACAAAUUAAUCUCUUUUCC